AUGAGUGAUAUAGGCCAGAAACCAGUCCGCGGUGGAAAUGGUCUCUACCAAUGUGGCCAUUGCAAGAGAAAUUAUACGCGCGCUGACCACCUCAUUCGACAUAUUCGAUCUCAAAACAAAGGGUCUCCAAAUUCAAUAGAAACACAAGAGUCUGAAAAUGGCAAACAAUCUGAUAUCACUUCUGCAGCAUCCAAACCCACUACAGACGAUGCAAAUGAAAACUGUAAUUUCUGUGAGGAUUCACUUCAGGAGAGUCGGCUUUCAGACUUUGACUGGCUCCCUUCAAUGCAGAGUCAACCCCAGGAAAGCUUAGGACCAGAUUCAAGUUUCGAUUUCAACUUGACCAAAGCCGAUCUUGAAUUUUUGGAUUCACUAAAUAGCAGUACAAGCUUUAAUCGGCCAAAGACUGCUUCAGAACAUCAUUCUUCACCAAAAGAACUAGAAUCAUCCGUUAUAUCCGAAACAGAAGCGUUACACAAUUCUCCUCUUGCCCACUGGACGCCACGCGCCGAGGAUAAUGCCUAUAUGGACCAGCGAUAUUUGUCGAUUCCAGAACAUUUAGAUAGGCCGUCUUCCACUCCUAUUACAUUUGAACGUCUCUCUGCGUCAUGUCGAGACUCGGCAUUUGCGGUUGUAGCGACACUUUGUCGACAGCGGAAUUUUGAUCGGAUUCUGGACUGUUUUCCAAGUGCUAAGUUGUUGGAUAGACUAAUACAGAAAUUUCUCAACCAGCAAAGAAAAGAGCUUGAUGCGUGGAUACACGAGCCUACGAUAGAUUUGAAACAACAGCGCCCUGAGCUCAUUAUCGCUCUGGCUGCUGCAGGGGCUGUUUUAUCGUCCAAUGAUGCACUCAAACGUCUCGGUUAUGCCUUGCUUGAAAUUGCGAGAAUCCACCUAACCCAAAAUAUUGAAAACGACAAUAGUCUGACACGAAAUUUGCGCUCGCAGCAGGCAUAUGCAUUGGUAUUGCAGGUUGGAUUGUGGAGUGGAGAUAAACGGCGAAUGGAAAUCGCUGAAAGUUUAGAGCAACCUCUUGUGACAAUGUUACGCCGGACAUUCCGCUUCAGGGACCAAGAGUACGCCGAUAUUGUGCCCCCAAAUACAGCGGACGAAAAAGAGCUUGAAAUUUUCUGGCAUCAAUGGGUAGAAUUGGAAUCAUAUAAAAGACUUGUCUAUCAUAUGUUCCUUCACGAUAUACAAGCGGCCAUUCUUCUUUCUACUAACCCACUGAUAUCUCAUGCGGAGUUAACAUUACCUUUCCCCUGCGAUCGGAGGCUUUGGGAAGCAAGAACGGCCAAAGAAUGGAAGGAAAUUUACACUGAAGGAAGCUACCAAUCUUGCAGAAAGAUACCAUCUCUUGCAGACGUCUUGAGAGAUCUAUCAGCACUGGGACAAUUCCCUGAUAUCGGAGACUAUCAAUUAGCCGCCUUAAUUUCUGUCCAUGGAAUUUAUACCAUUGUCGCUGAUUGUAACCAUACUCGUAAUGGACAAUGCGGCUCUUGGGGUAAUCUUCUUUUCCAGUCCUGGCAGAGGGAGUUGCAAAAGGUUCUCGAAACAUUUGGCGUUGCAGUUGUCGAGUCCCUGGUUUCAAGCAGUCCGCUUGUGUCUUUGGUUCACCAAACCAUUUCACUGUCUCUGUACGUGCCACUUGACAUUUUGGAGGCAUUCGCUGGUAAGGAUGGUCAAGAGAAGGCGAUUGAGGCCCGACGUACUAUCGCAGAUAAUGUUGGCACUUCAAAUUUCCGCCAGGCAUGUUGGCAUGCUGGCCAAAUACUGCGUGUUGCAAAAUCUAUGCCGGCUGGAUCUUUGACAAACUUUUGCACCACAUGCCUUUAUUUCGCAGCCCUUUCCCUCUGGACAUAUGGAACCAUCUUUCUUGAUCGUGCUCUGGAUUUGGCUGUCACUUUCCAGCAGAACCUUCUCAUCCUGGAUGGCGAAACUCAGGGAACAUCUUUACACUGGUUCAUUGUCUCAGGCAAAGGACACCCCGCCAUACUAUCCGAAUAUGGACCGGUCACGUUAGAAAGAAGAUGUGAUGUCAUCCGUGUUUUCAAGCAAGUGCUGCAGCUUAAUCAUGAUGGCAAACCGAUCUCGCAGCAAAUCCAGACCCUAUAUUGCGCACUUUUGGCCCUGGAAAGUUUCAGUAAGGUGACGGAUACCUACUAA